GCUUUACUGAGCAGUCCGGAAUUUAUUCUUCCUUUUUUGCUAGUUAAAGUAGGUUUGAGAACCUCUGCUGUAAACAAGUGUUUGUCAUCAUAAGCUUUUUAUUUUCACUCAAGGUGCACUAAGAAAUUAGAACCUUAAAGGUACUUCGUUUGUCCAUAUGGGGAAACGAAGAACGGUUAAAUGGUCUAUGAAGAACACGUGUUUCCCUAUCAGAAGGGAUUCCAAGUACAACCCUAAGAGCUCUGCACCGUUCAAUGCACCGUUGAAGAAACCGUGAAGCACCCUAAACUGCAGGUGUAUGCUAAAUUCUGAUAAAUACAUUUUCUUCAGAUAUUACAGUCUAUGAGAUAUUACAGUCUGCACGAUACUGUAACAGAAUUUUUGUUCCUAUUAUUAACUGAAUGAACGCGUGAACAGGAAUCUGAUAGACCUAUAAUUUCUAAGGAGAAACUAAAGGCUGUAUACUUAUUCUUAUAGAUCUUCUUGUACAAGCUAUUUCAAACAGUAGGUUGGUCUUCUCCGUAUUAGUGUGCAUAUUUAUUUCAGUGAUCUCUUAAUCAUCUAUUUGUUGGUAACUUUUUUUAGUUUUCAUAUUUUAAAUUUUACUAAGAAAUAGAGACGCGUGGUCAUUCCGUCAAAUUAUCCUUGUGCUCAUUGUUAGCUUGCGAUUGGUGCUUGUUUAGCCGGUACCCACGGAAGAUUUUGAUUGGUCUUUUUUUUUCACGUGACUAGACAACUUCGUACAUUUGACAGAGGGAGUAGGUGGGUUUUUGAAGACAUCAGGAAAAAGACAGUGCUACAAAAAUAGAAUAGUUGCACUUCACAAAUUAAUAACCAUGAGUUCAUACUUGAUCAACUCGAAUUACAUCGAGCCAACUUUCCCGCUCUGCGAAGAAUACGAAGACAACGGAUACAUCUCAGUCUCUUCCGACUACUACGAGCGACCGAAAGAAUCAAGCUUCUCCCAUCACGAAGGGGCAACAUACCAGCGGUCAAACUACCAAGACUCGAGCUAUGAUUACGGUAACAUCUCAACCAACGGCCUCGUCGACUUAAACGAUCGGCUUCACGUACAGCCUCGGUCUGUUCCACAAAAUCAUGGGCCCCACCUCGAUACCGAGGGCUGCACAACGACGGCAAACAAGGAUUGCAGCCUCGCCACUGAAGCUCACUCUGACCCGCAGAAGGGAAAAGAGCCGGUAGUGUAUCCUUGGAUGAAAAAAGUCCACGUUAAUACGAUGACCGCGAACUACGCUGGAGGAGUGCCUAAGAGGUCUCGCACCGCCUACACUCGCCAGCAAGCUCUUGAGCUUGAGAAAGAGUUUCACUUUAACCGGUACCUGACCCGCCGUCGGCGCGUGGAGAUAGCGCAUACCAUGUGUCUGUCAGAGCGACAGGUAAAAAUCUGGUUUCAGAACCGCCGCAUGAAGUGGAAGAAAGACCACAAACUGCCCAAUACGAAGAUCCGAUCUAGCAGCUCUUCUUCCUCCAGCCACCAGGUGAAAACGGACGCGGGCCAGCAGCAGCAGACAUUACUUCCCACGCCAUGUUCGUUAAGUCUAUAGUGGUGGAAGAACAUUAGAACUGAGCAAGGCGAAAGAAUACAGAGCAGUAUUCGGACUAACUUCACAGUGUUAUUUUCUAUUUAAUACUGAAGAAAGGGGUCCCAUUCAGAUUGAUCCAUUUCUCACCUCUCUUUACUCGGACGUUUUGAACUGGGGAAUCCACCCAUCUAACGGACUUAAAUGAAACUAACCUACUGGAGACUGUGUCCAUUGUACGGUAAGUGGAAAUGAAAAUAUGUGCAACUACUCAUGUCGUUGUGAGCUGGUUUUUCAUUAAAUACUUAUAUAGGCCUAUCUUUUAAAAAGCUAAC